UAACACUUUUGCCAGCUGUGCACUUUAAGGUGUAAACUUUUAUUGUUUUUUUUUCUCGAUUUGCACAAUAAUGCUGCCCAAACUAAAGAUAUCAGCGUUCCUGCUCAAGCGUUUGGAGCGUGUGAAGCUGCAGUGCAGCGGCGUUUUAUAUGGAGUCUUCUACGGUGAUGGCACUCUGCUGGUGUUGAGUUUUAACAUUGAAUCAAGCGUAGGUCAAUUGAACUAUGAGCAAUUGCUGCAGAGAUUUCCAGCCGAAAUGGAUCUAUGUGGUCUGGUCAAAUUCGGUGAUUGUUCGGAUGCUGAGGCCCAUUUGAGUGAGGUGAUCUCAUCGGUCGAUAUAACGGAUAAUCCCAUAUUGUUGAAAUGUGAACUUGGCACACUGGUGGGACUGCGAGCUAGCUUUUUUGUCCAUGGCAAACUGGAGGAUGUGCCCUACGAGGUUAUGGAGGCCGAGCAGCUGUACAAUGAUUUCUGUUUCACACGAUUGCACUGUGGUUUCAAUUUGCAAACGGCAGAGACACCCGAAGCUUUGUCCAGAGAGAUGCAUGUACUCAGGAAGCGUGUAGCCGAUGGCAGUCUUGUGUUUCAUGUGCCGCAAACAAAUAUCUGGGUAACGAGUUGUGGUCCCCAGGAUAAGAGAUUUACCAGUGAAUCGAGAAUAGAGAAUUUAUUGGAACUUCUGCCUAAGCGGGAGUCUGUUACGGGAACGGCCAGCAGCAAGAAGAAGCAAGACAAAGAAACACAAGAUAAAUCCAGAAAUUUGGCUGUCGUCGGAUGUGAUUACGAGGUGAUCAAUUUGGAUGUUCUGCAGAGUAGGACACGAGAAGCAACAACAGUUCAGUCACAGCCCCAUCCGGCCCUGAGUAUAUGUCUUACGGCCCUAGAACAGCCAAAAGUAGCAUUGCCCCUCGAGGUGGAGGCCAUGGCCAUUCUGUGUAAGAAAACCAAAAUGUUACGUCUUUACGAUGUUCUAAUCGAGAGCAUAUGCCGUGCUCUGAGGCUGUUCGAGCAGAGCCUCAACGAAUAUCUGCAAGAAUCGGAGAGUGGUGGCAAACUUUUGGUGCCGAAAAGCUAUCAUUUCUAUCCACAGGAGUUUGGCCACUUUCUAAGCUGUGCUUACCUAGAAGAUUUGAAAGAUGACGACCCAAGCAUGUUGGAGAGAAGAAAGAAACUCCAUAGGCAAUUCUCGUUACCCGUUUCUCGACCCUAUUUCCGGCGGGCCAAUCAAUGCCAAUUCAUUAACCAUUUGGAAGAAGCGCCAUGGACACCGCUUCUAAAUACUCAUCUGGGGCUUCGGCCCAGUGGCGUUGCCGAUGGCAAGGAGUAUCUAGUUAAUGGCAAUUACCAUUACUAUCAUUAUCUGCAGCAGCAGGUUCAGGACAAGGGCUGGGGCUGUGCCUAUCGAUCACUUCAAACCAUUUGCUCCUGGUUCCUGCUGCAGGGUUACUCCGAAGCAUCCAUUCCCACACAUCUGCAGAUUCAGGAAUAUCUGCACAAAAUCGACGAUAAACCAGCAUCGUUUGUGGGCUCUACCCAAUGGAUUGGCUCGACAGAGCUCAGCAUGUGCCUGCAAGGUUUCCUCAAUGUAGACUCCAAGAUUCUUCAUGUGACAUCGGGUGCUGAGCUAGCGACAGUUGCAUCCGAGCUGGCCAUGCAUUUCCAAACACAGGGCACUCCCGUCAUGAUUGGAGGCGGAGUCCUGGCCCACACUAUCAUUGGCGUGGAUUAUUGUGUUCAGAGUGGCCAAGUGAAGUUCCUUAUACUGGAUCCCCACUACACUGGAGCCGAUGAUUUGGCCACCAUACAAAUAAAAGGCUGGUGCGGUUGGAAAGGCAUGGAUUUCUGGGAUAAACGCAGUUAUUAUAAUCUCUGUAUGCCUCAGAGACCGAUUCUAUAUUAACAAAAAAGCACAGAUGAUUUAUUUUUUCCAUUUGUAUUUAAGUUGAUCUUUAAUGUUUUCCAUAUGUGUGGGCUCUUUGUAUAUGUCAUGAGUAUAUGAAGAAUUUAUAUAAUUGUAUUUUAUGUAUGUAUGUAUAUGUACUCUAUAACUCUCAAAACAUAUUUGCAAUAAAAAAAAAACAGAUGUAUUCCAAA